CCGCUUUGGGCCAAUUGCAUUUCCGGGGUAAGGCACACCCCGCCACAUCACAUCGGUAGUUCCUCCUCCUCCUCUCGCUUAAAAACACCUUUGGGCGCUCCCAUCGGCCUCCACUUUCAAGUUUGAUACCAACGCAACAUCGUUCCUGCUGUCAAGAUGGCUCGCCAAUUCCCGUCUCUCUCCCCUGCUCAGAAGAAGGAGCUCUCUGAAAUCGCCCAGAAGAUUGUGUUCCCGGGGAAGGGAAUCCUAGCAGCAGAUGAGUCGACCGGCACUAUGGGAAAGCGUCUCCAGAAUAUCAACGUGGAAAACACCGAGGAAAACCGUCGAUGCUUCCGCGACCUCCUCUUUACAUCUGCCGACCCGGUCCCUGACUCAAUCGGAGGGGUCAUUCUGUUCCACGAGACGCUUUACCAGAAGUCAGACAGCGGGAAGCCCUUCCCCCAAGUCAUCAAAGAAAGGGGCAUUGUUGUAGGCAUCAAGGUGGACAAGGGCACAGCUGCUUUAAACGGAACGGAUGGCGAGACAACCACGCAAGGUCUCGACGGCCUCUCGGAGCGCUGCGCCCAGUACAAGAAGGACGGCUGCGACUUUGCCAAGUGGAGGUGUGUGCUGAAGAUCUCUGACAGCUGCCCCACACCUCUUGCCAUCGCUGAGAAUGCCAACGUACUGGCCAGAUAUGCUAGCAUCUGCCAACAGAAUGGACUGGUGCCUAUUGUGGAACCAGAGAUUCUUCCUGAUGGUGCCCAUGACUUGCAGCGAUGCCAGUAUGUCACAGAAAAGGUUCUGGCUGCCGUGUACAAGGCGCUGUCUGAUCACCACGUGUACCUGGAGGGAACGCUGCUGAAGCCCAACAUGGUUACCGCCGGACACUCCUGCACCCAGAAGUUCACGCCUCAGGAGGUCGCCAUGGCUACCGUGACGGCUCUGAGGCGCACUGUGCCAGCCGCGGUGCCGGGUAUUUGCUUCCUCUCCGGGGGCCAGAGCGAGGAGGAAGCCUCACUCAACUUGAACGCAAUCAACCAGGUGCCGCUGCAUCGCCCCUGGAAGCUCACUUUCUCGUACGGCCGUGCGCUGCAGGCGUCCACCCUCGCAGCCUGGCAAGGCAAAGCUGCCAACAAGGCUGCCGCACAGGAAGUUUUCUGCAAAAGGGCUAAGAUCAAUGGCCAGGCUGCUAAAGGGGAGUACAAGGCCACAGGCUCAGCCGACCAGGCCUCCAUGCAGUCUCUGCACACCAGCAACUACGUCUAUUAAAUGUUCUGAUCUCAAAGUGAUGACGCACUUGGACCAAAUGUAGACAACCUGAAAUGCCUCUGAUGGAUGGAAAACAUUGAGGGGGGGGGAUUGCCUUUUUCACAAUAAACUACUGUUUGCCUCCAUGAAGAAAUAAAACUAAGUGACCAAA